ACCUUCCCUCUCCGGCCAUGAGGGAGCGCCCUCCAGGCUGUAAAACUGUGUUUGUGGGCGGUCUGCCAGAGAACGCCACCGAGGCACUCAUCGUGGAGGUGUUUGGCCAGUGUGGUGACAUCAUCGCCAUCCGCAAGAGCAAGAAGAACUUCUGCCACAUCCGAUUCGCUGAGGAGUUCACUGUAGACAGAGCCCUCUUCCUGUCUGGUAUGUUUCCUACGUUUCCUAUUAAACAUCAUGCUGUGUUGUGGAAUAAAUGCAACCGGUCUCCAGUCAGAGACCUUAACUAUGCAGGUCAAUGAGAAGACAACUAGAGGUGUGUUGUGGAAUAAAUAUUCCCUCUGUUGAGUCAGACCGUCACUAUGCAGGUCAAUGAGAAGACAACUAGAGGUGUAGUGGAAUACAUGUCUUCGAUACCCUUACUAUUGAGGUGACAAUAGCAGAGGUGUAGUUAAAUACAUGUCCUCCCUCUCCAGAUUGAGUUCUGAAUGGAGGAAAUGAAUCACCAGUACCAGUCCCACUAGUCAUGUGACACCAGAGGGUGUUUUCUUAUCUAAUCUCCUUUUCCCAGGUACUAGACUCCAUUCACAUCUUAAAUCUCUCUCUUUUCCCAGCUACAAGACUCCAAACCCACGCUAACUUCUCCCUUUUGGUGAAGACUGGAGAGAUAGAAACAGAGAGUGAGAGCAAGCAGAAAGAUAGAGCGGGAGAGACACCAGAGAGAGAAAGAGAAACAUAUAUGAGCGGCAGAGAGAUAGAGAGAGAAAAGGAAAGAGGAGCAAUUAGUCUCUUUAAGUCUCCUCUAUAAAUCAGUAUAGAGAGAGCAGAGAGGCGUUUUCUACGCCAAACCUACUUUAGCUGGGAUGUAGCUGUGACAGAGGAACAAACCGAUAAAAAAUAGGGAGAGAGCCUCAGAGGGAUGGAGAGACAGGUGGAUGGACAUAUCGUUUUAACCCUAAUUGAGGAUGUCAGGUAGCAGGAUAGAGAUUCAGGGGUCUGACAGAAAGUGGUGUGUGUAUUUCCCGCAUUUUACUGCCCUGCACCUGUUCGUUUAGCAGAGUGAAAUGUCACCGUGAUGUUACCACCUGGUUCUUACUCUCUCCCCUUCUCCCUCCCCCUCUCUCUCUCGCUCCCCCCCUCCCCUCUCUCUCCCCCUUACUCUUUAUUUUUUACUCUCUCUCCCUCCCCCUUUCCUCUCGCUCCCCCCUCCUCCCCAGGCUACCGUAUGCGUCUGGGCUCCAGUACAGACAAGAAGGACACAGGACGGCUCCAUGUGGACUUUGCCCAAGCCAGAGAUGACCUGUAUGAGUGGGAGUGUCGUCAGCGCAUGUAUGCCAGAGAAGAGAGGCACCGCAGGAGGAUGGAGGAGGACCGUUUCAGACCACCCUCCCCUCCACUCAUCGUCCAUUACUCAGACCACGAGUGUAGCCAGCUGGGGGACAAGAUCAAAGGUGGGGCUCCACAACUUUUCGAAGAGUAUCCCUUUAAUGUGUUUGAUUGAUGUGUGCAUGCAUGCGUUUGUGCGUGUGUAUUUAUAGACGUAAAGAUGGCGAAAGGAAAGCACAGACUUUCCCACUACUGUAAUCUGCUGAAGUCCACAAAUAUCCACAACUUGUACUACUUAAAGACGUCUGAAUGUGAGGAUUUUAGUGGAAAGUAGGUCAACAUCAUGUUUUGUGCAUUAGUGAUGAGGUUAGCAAAGGCAGUUAGCCUCGCUGGUAUUUUAGCCCAAACACCUUGACACGUUCUCCAUUAACUUUUGCACAGAGAGAGCAGUAACAUUUUACCUGGGGAAGUUAUGAAUGUGGCUUCUCUACUUUCAGUUGAACUGUGAAGGUGCUAGAUGUGAAAAUGAGUGACAGCCAGGCAGCAGCCUGAUGUUUUAGUAUCUACACAUCUCUUCAACAUAUCCCGCUGCUCUUACUGUAUUUGGGCAUUGACUCUUAGGGACCUCGUCAAAGUGUGUUAUUUUGAUAAGCCUCUUAGCUCCCUAGCUUUAUAGAUGCAUUGUAUGACAUUGAAGGUGAUAAUUGUGUUCAUCAGAUGACACAGCCUCACAGUUAAACACUCAUUCAGUCCAAAUAUGAAUCAUCUAUGGGCCCUAGUCAUUGUCAGUGAUUGACCUGUAUUGAUAUUGACUGAGGAUGUGUAUUAAUAAUGGACCUGUAGUUACCAGGGAGGACUAGUGACUGUCGAGGGCCUGGAAAUAUAAAUCAUUCUAUAAUAUAGAGUAACACCUCAGGGAGUUCUGGUUAUGACACAUUAAUUUAUGACACCUUGAUUCAAUAUUGAAAGCAGUGAUGGAUUCUUUAUGCAAAUCAUUCGCUGACGUGUGUGUGUGUGUGUGUGGGGGGUUAAUCUUAAAUAAAUAAAAAGGCUUUCAGCUGCUCAAUCUGUGUUAGCAUGUGUGUGUUAGAGAGUGAGUGAGUGACCGUAGUGAACAAAAACACUCAAUAUUUUUAUAUCCCAAUGUCUUUUUUCUCUCAUACCCUCUCUUACCCUCCUUGUGUUGAGUUAGAGGAUCCUUUAUUAGGAAACUAAUAAGCACUAACCAAAUGUAAUGUAAUGUAAUGAGCACCAGUUUCAUUAGUGGUGCCUGGAGAAAUGGGUAUACUCAGAAACAAAAGAGUGAUCAAAUUAAGAUCCUACAUCUGUACACUCUAGAUGACCUGAAAUGAUGAAUCCCAUAUUGGUCUUUCACAGUCAGGCCAACCCAAGCUGUACUGUGCAAGUAGACUAAUAGUAGGCCUACUAUUGAAAUAGAUAAAUGAGGCUGUCAAUGAGUAAGAAAUUCACAGGUUUCAGCUUUCUCAACCAAAUAAAUCUGUUUUCGCUCUCAAGUCACUCUUUAUACAUAGAAAAACAACAAAAUUGGAUGCUCUAAGUCCACAACAAUGCUUAAACCACAUCAGGAGACCACUUGAGGCCUGGGAAAAUUCAAAUUUUCAAUUCAAAUGAGCAGGCACCUAACACUAUUGUUUGGUUAGCAGUGUUUCUGUAGCGCACAUGAGAUGGAGUUUGCAAAACAAAUGCCCACUGGAUUGAUGCAAAUAAUGAUAGCUAGUUAACGUUUCAUUUUUGGGAAAGCCUUUCCAUUUACCAGAAGACGGUUAGGCCUGUCAUUAGCAUCGCUAUAUUUUUCCUGUUGCUUAAUUGUUUGAAACCUGGACGUUUUACUUCAUGUUAUGAGGCAUGUCUGACCUUGCUUCAAAGUAGCCUGUAGCCAAAAUCCCACCAUAGAAACGUGGAGGCAAUUAUUUUAUAAAGACUUCCUCAUAUGCGCUCUCCUGUUCUAUUGGUUUUCAAAUCAACUUUCUUUAAUUGUCUAGCAGCCAAAGGCAUUAUCCUAGUCAUAUUAACAACCCAUGAUAGUUAUUGCAUCCCUAACAAAUAUUUCCAUCACUGUCCAUGAAAGCGCUGUGUUUUCCCGCAAAUUUUGGAACGUUUGAGCGUAGGCCUACCGCCAUGUGCACAUUGCUGCCCUUAAAAUUUGAAGAAAUAAUAGUUAAUCAACAUUUUAAGCUAAACAUUCUGAUCUGUUCCAUCAGCCUUAUUCAUUGAUACAGUGUAUACCUCCACUACACUACUUUGAUACAUUUACAUACAUUUACACUUUCGUCAUUUAGCAGAAGCUCUUAUCCAGAGCGACUUACAAAUUGGUGCAUUCACCUUAUGAUAGCCAGUGGGACAACCACUUUACAAUAUUAUUAUUAUUUUUUUUGGGGGGGGGUAGGGGGAGGGUAGAAGGAUUGCUUUUAUCCUAUCCCAGGUAUUCCUUAAAGAGGUGGGAUUUCAAGUACGCAUUGUGGGGAUUAAAAAGUAAGUAUACGCAACUCCCACUGAAAAAAAAGUUGGUAUACUGUGUAUACCUGCGUAUACCCUCCACUACACUACUGAGUGUUAUUAACAAUGAAAAUCAAUAACACUCUUGUCUCUUGACAUCACCUUAUCAGUCUACGACCCAAACAUGAAUGAUGCAAAACAACAACUGUUGUUCAUACAAAGGCAUUUGAAACAUUUAUUCCAUUCAUUCAAUGCCCUCUAGUUAACAUUCAGAGCAGGACUGGAGAAAAGCCAGAACCUGUGGUGCCAUUUAGAAUGAAUUUUAGGGAUUUCAUUAAAGAUAUCACUAUUCUCUCUCCUACCCUCUCUCCUCUCCUCCCUCCCCUCUUUCCCUAUUAUCCCCUCCGUUCCUCUCCUCUCCUGCUAUCAGCUUUGGGCUGAAUUAAUACACGUUUUUCUCUAAUGGACUGUGACACAUCAACGUCUCCACGGAAAUGGUUUGGUUGGCAAACACUUUGACUUCCUGCUUCUCUGCCAUCUCUGUGGCGCCUCUCCUCUCAGUUCACUAUCUGGCCAUGAUACAUAGGACAGAAUAACUUUCAAACCAUUAAGAUCCUCCUGGAUUAUUUGUCAUUUAAUUCAGAAAUUCAUGUUCUAUUUCCUAAUUCUGUUUCAAACCACAAAUGGAUUCUUACCCCUAAACCUAACCCUAACAUUCAAUUUAUUUUAGCCACUAAUCGUAACUUUAACCCUAACAAACCUAGCCACUGACCCUAACCUUUAGUCUUACCUUAACCCUAUCCUCUCCUCAGAUGAGGCAGCGUUUGCGGAUGCGGUGCGUGUGCUGCUGACCUGGGUGGAACGCGGCGAGGUGAACCGUCGUAACGCCAACAACUUCUAUUCCAUGAUCCAGUCGUCCAACAGCCACAUCCGCCAGCUGAUGAGUCAAAAGGCCGCCCACGAGAAGGAGAUGGAGGAGGCCAAGGACAAGUUCAAGAGCGCCCUAUCUGGCAUCCUGGCACAAUGUGAGUACACACUAGGCUGACACAUCACACACACACAGAGGGAAAGAGAACCAUGUCUCACUUCAGGGUCAACAUCAAACCACUCGUGGCGUUCUCUUGAGGCAACGUCACAUUGUCCCUCUAAAAGAUCCCCACACUCAAGUGAUUUUCAUGUCACAAGUUCACUUGCCCUAUUAUUACAGGCCAGUGCUCCAUACAUGAUGGAUCAAAUACUUGGAGACAUAAAACAGAAAUGGUCUUUUCUGAAAACACACACACACACACAACUGGGCACAAACCGAGCAGAGCAUUUCUGAAGACCCCCUCUAUGGGAAUACUCUUUGAAGGAGUAGAUUAGGAGCAGUUUGACUGCUGAAGGCCAGUGAUGGCAGCAAUAACACUGAAAAGGUUAUUUAGGGAGCUGUUAGCUACCUUUCUUAGCCCAUCAUCAUUAGACCCAGAGUGGCCAUCUCUCUCGCUCCAUCUCCCAAUCUCUCUCUUUCCAUCUUUAUUCUCUUUCUCCCCGCUUCCCUCUCCCUUACUCUCUCUUUCUCUCUCUGUCAUUCUAUCUCUGUCUCACCAUCUCUCCAUCUCCUAGUGAUUGACACCUCUAACACCUCUGUCUGAGGAGAGCAGCUGUCUGGCAGAUUCACUAAUGAGGCUUUUAGGUGCUGAACUCACUGUCGACUCCUGUAGAGCUGACCCUGGGUCAGUCAGAACCAUUAGACUACCCGGGUCAGCCAGAGACAUUCAGAUAGAACAAGUACCUGGGUCAGUAAGAGACAUUAAGAUGGUACCAGUACCUGGAUCAGUCAAACAUUCAUAUAGUACCAGUACCUGGGUCAGUCAGAACCAUUAGACUACCUGGGUCAGCCAGAAACAUUCAUAUCUUACCAGUAUCUGGGUCAGCCAGAUACAUUCAGAUAGUACCAGUACCUGGGUCAGCCAGAGACAUUCAGAUAAUACCAGUACCUGGGUCAGCCAGAGAUAUUCAGAUAGUACUAGUACCUGGGUCAGCCAGAGACAUUCAGAUAGUACCAGUACCUGGGUCAGAAAGAGACAUUCUGGUAGUAACAGUACCUGGGUCAGACAGAGACAUUCAGAUAGUACCAGUACCUCCUGUUCAUCAGAAGACAACAUCCCAUAGGGAGCAGACAUAGUUUUAUGAACCUGCUUCAACCUGCUCUGUGGCAGCCUCUCUGUAUCUCACAGCUGUGAAAUGUGUGACACUAAGGACCAAGGAUAUAACACACUCCCAUACACCUGGGGGAAAUAGAGAUAUAAAUGUCUGAGUUUGCAGGAACCUGUGAUGGGUGGAGCUACCUUGCACAAGGACUAUUUGAACUCACUCGAGUGAUCAUUGAAUGGCGAUGAUCUGUCGAGUGGCGCAGUGGUCUAAGGCACUGCAUCGCAGUGCUAGCUGUGCCACUAGAGAUCCUGGUUCGAGUCCAGGCUCUGUGCCACUAGAGAUCCUGGUUCGAGUCCAGGCUUUGUCACAGCCGGCCGUGACCGGGAGACUCAUGGGCGGCGCACAAUUGGUCCAGCGUCGUCCAAGGUAGGGGAGGGUUUGGCCGGCAGGGAUGUGGGUUCAUUUACCACGGGGGGUACAGUAUGAACAAAAUAAAAAUAAAUAAUACAUGUAUGCAUUCACUAACUGUAAGUUGCUCUGGAUAAGAGCGUCUGCUAAAUGACUAAAAUUAGGCCUGUGAAAUAUUGAUAGCACAGACAGUAACUUUUAUACUAAGUACUCUUUCUAUUGUAGGAUUAAUGAAACCUCAGCUUCAAUGACUCUUGCUUCAAAGACAAUUGAAUAUGAUUGACACCAACACAAUCGCCACAGAUAGACACAACGAUCAUCACAUAGACAUAACAAUCCUCAGAGAUAAUAAAACACUUCACAAAGAAACACCUAUGAUUUAACAACUCUUUAGCCACGUGAUGCACUCUAAAUUCUCACAAAAAGCAUGCUAUUGUAUACCUCUUGUGUGUUACCCUAGUAUUUAGGAGCAAUGUUUAUUUGAUGAGAAAGAAGGUAAGUUUGCUUUUGGCCCCACAAGUACAGUAUCUAGGGCUGCAUGUAGAAAUAGUCCAGUGUAAUCUCCCCCAGAGGUCUGACACAAACUCCUUUAGUUAACGUUAGCCUGUGUUAGUCUGUGGACAGCUGAUCUGAAGGAACCCACAGCCAUAGAAUCAAAGUAAGUAACACCUCUCUACAUGAAAUCAACUGGAAGAAAUGAAAUGAGUCAUAUUGAUGAUUGAAAAGCCAAAAGGGAAAAUGUAGACCUGACCUGAUUCACAACUGCCAAUGCUAAGAGCAUGUAUGAGUUCAGAUAUAUUUGGUGAUACACCACCUACAGUAUUGUGUUAGUAUGGACAUUGAGAUGGACCACAUAAUCGGUUUUGUUUAUACAGUGAUAUAUUUGAAAGAACAAAGUGGGUCUCUCUCUCUCUCUUGUUCUCUUUUGAAGGCCACCCUCCUCCAUCACAAGUCAUACAAACACUUAUUUAUAUUCAGGAGUUUGUCUUUCUCUGCGGUUUCACCCUUACAAAUUUCAACACAGACUGGUGUCCUGGGAGGCAGGGAUACACUGUCGUUCUGUGAACAAUAGCCACAUCCAUAUUUACCAGGCUUUCUCACAGCUGCACAUUUGUUUACAUAGACAUGCUGUUUCCAAAUGCAAUAUAAUUCAAUAUCACACAUUCCUCCAUUUUGGCAUUUGGUUGUUGUCACCUUGAAUUGAAGGGUUAUUUUAAAUAACCUGCUCUGAAGCAGGUUAUUCAAACGGGAUGUGUCCCAAAUGGCACCCUAUGCCCUAUAUAGUGCACUACUUUUGACCAGAGUCCUGCCUCAUAUUUCACUCAGGAUGAUCUUUAUAGAAGAUGACAAUCAUUUCACAGCUGGAUUUGGGUCUGCGUCCAUCAUGUUUGGUGGAUUUCAGUUGGUCUUCUAUGAGAUAAACCUGCUUGACAGAUAGUUAAUGGCCUCAUUUAGAAAUGCUUGCAUCUGCACACACAUAACCCUAGCUGGAGUCCUACAAAUAACAACAAAGAACAUACACUUAUCCAACAGCUUUCUCUCUGAGUCACACACACACACCCAUAAAAGGCGAGGCCACAACCUUGUACACUUUGCUCUCCCCUGCCUUCCCCAUCGAUCUCCUCCAUCAAAUUAAAGGAUUCUGAGAAGCCGCUAUUGAUCUAGACACACUCCUCUCACUGCACCCUUUCUUCCCUCUCUACCUCCCUCCCUUCCAAGGCCACAACUCUGGUGGCCCUAUUGACUCCCCCCUGGGUUCAUUAAGAGAAACCCUUAACAUGACAUGUUCCGAUCUAAAGCUGUGGUAAAACUGUGGGAGUGUUCAUGCUUCCACAUUGAGCUUCACAGAGUGGAAAGCUGACCAGUUCUUUAAUACUGUAUAUUAUGAGUUGUUGAACACUUAUAGCACUAUGUUUUGUGUGAGUACUCUGUCUGGACAAUCUGUGAUUUAUGUGUUGCUGCAUUAUAUCAGCAGGUGAGUAAAUGGGUCAUUCUGACACGCACACACAUAUACACACUCAAAACACCUACACAUUCAAGGGUUUUUCUUUAUUUUUACUAUUUUCUACAUUGUAGAGUGUACAAAGCUGUCAAGGCAAAGGGUGGCUACUUUGAAGAAUCUCAAAUAUAAAAUAUAUUUUGAUUUGUUUAACACUUUUUUGGUUACUACAUGAUUCCAAAUUUGUUAUUUCAUAGUUUUGAUGUCUUCACUAUUAAUCUACAAUGUAGAAAAUAGUAAAAAUAAAGAAAAACCCUUGAAUGAGUAGGUAGGUGUGUCCAAACUUUUGACUGGUUCUGUAUACACACACAUAUAUACACACAUGUACACACACAUAUACACACACAUACAUUGCCUUGCAAAAGUAUUCAUCCCCCUUGGCGUUUUUCCUAUUUUGUUGCAUUACAACGUAAUUUAAAUAGAUUUUUAUUUGCAUUUCAUGUAAUGGACAUACACAAAAUAGUCCAAAUUGGUGAAGUGGAAUGAAAAAAAUAACUUGUUUCAAGAAAUUAAAAAAAUAAAAUAACGGAAAAGUGGUGCGUGCAUAUGUAUUCACCCCCUUUGCUAUGAAGCCCCUAAAUAAGAUCUGGUGCAACCAAUUACCUUCAGAAGUCACAUAAUUAGUUAAAUAAAGUCCACCUGUGUGGAAUCUAAGUGUCACAUGAUCUGUCACAUGAUCUCAGUAUAUAUACACCUGUUCUAAAAGGCCCCAGAGUCUGCAACACCACUAAGUAAGGGGCACCACCAAGCAAGCGGCACCAUGAAGACCAAGAAGCUCUCCAAACAGGUCAGGGACAAGGUUGUGGAGAAGUACAGAUCAGGGUUGGGUUAUAAAAAAAUAUCUGAACCUUUGAACAUCCCAUGGAGCACCAUUAAAUCCAUUAUUAAAAAAUUGAAAGAAUAUGGCACCACAACAAACCUGCCAAGAGAGGGCCGCCCACCAAAACUCACGGACCAGGCAAGGAGACCAUUAAUCAGAGAGGCAACAAAGAGACCAAAGAUAACCCUGAUGGAGCUGCAAAGCUCCACAGCGGAGAUUGGAGUAUAUAUCCAUAGGACCACUUUAAGCCGUACACUCCACAAAGCUGGGCUUUACGAAAGAGUGGCCAGAAAAAAAGCCAUUGCUUAAAGAAAAAAAUAAGCAAACACGUUUGGGGUUCGCCAAAAGGCAUGUGGGAGACUCCCCAAACAUAUGGAAGAAGGUGCUCUGGUCAGAUGAGACUAAAAUUGAGCUUUUUGGCCAUCAAGGAAAACGCUAUGCUGGCGCAAACCCAACACCUCUCAUCACCCCGAGAACACCAUCCCCACAGUGAAGCAUGGUGGUGGUAGCAUCAUGCUGUGGGGAUGUUUUUCAUCGGCAGGGACUGGGAAACUGGUCAGAAUUGAAGGAAUGAUGAAUGGCGCUAAAUACAGGGAAAUUCUUGAGGGAAACCUGUUUCAGUCUUCCAGAGAUUUGAGACUGGGACGGAGGUUCACCUUCCAGCAGGACAAUGACCCUAAGCAUACUGCUAAAGCAACACUCGAGUGGUUUAAGGGGAAACAUUUAAAUGUCUUGGAAUGACCUAGUCAAAGCCCAGACCUCAAUCCAAUUGAGAAUCUGUGGUAUGACUUAAAGAUUGCUGUACACCAGCGGAACCCAUCCAACUUGAAAGAGCUGGAGCAGUUUUGCCUUGAAGAAUGCUCAAAAAUCCCAGUGUCUAGAUGUGCCAAGCUUAUAGAGACAUACCCUACAAGUAUUGACUUUGGGGGGGUGAAUAGUUAUGCACGCUCAAGUUUUCAGUUUAUUUGUCUUAUUUCUUGUUUGUUUCACAAGAAAAAAUAUUUUGCAUCUUCAAAGUGGUAGGCAUGUUGCGUAAAUCAUAUGAUACAAACCCCAAAAAAAUCAAAAUAGGAAAAAUGCGAAGGGGGGUGAAUACUUUCACAAGCCACUGUAUACAUACACAUAUACACACACACACACACACACACACAUACACACACGUAUACACACACACUCACAUACAUAUACACACACACACACACACACAUAUACACACACACAAAUUAUGAGAAACAAAAAGUGUUAUGACAAUUAGCACAGUCUCACAAUCUCUAGCUUUAUCUAUUUUCCCCUAUUGACUCAUUUCUCCACUCCUGUGAUUGACACACUGAGGGUGUUUUCGUAAAUAAUCUGAGGCUGGUUGUUAAAACCAGGCCAGCUGUCAAUCACAGGAGUGGUUAGGAGGGAGUGAUGAACAGACGAGUGUCUUCCAGCAGCCCUCCUGCUCCCUCUCCUACUCCAGCCCUGAAUCAAAGCUGUUCUCCAUCUCUCUCUCCAUCUCUCCUCUUCCUCAGGCUCAGGGAUAUGACCACCCACCAUCUCGCUCUCAUCCCCAAGUCACUCAGCCGGGAGACUCUAGAUUCCCUCUUUCAUGUCUGAUCAGAUUUAUCUCUUUCUGGAGGGUCUUUAUUAAUGAUUGGUCAUAAUAUGUAAUGAUAUACAGAGACAUUAAGAUCAGCACUCCUAUCUAACCCACAAUGAGGACAGUAAUGAGGAGAGCCAAGGUGCAUCCCAAAUUGCACCCUGUUCCCUAAAUGGUGCACUACUUUUGAACAGAGCCCUAUGGGCACUGCGUAGGGAAAAGGUUGCCAUUUGAGACACAGCCUCGGUCUCAGAUAGAAACAGGCCUUUCCUUCAUUAGGUCUCAACUCUACACUCUUUAGAAUUUGAGGCAGCCUUUGAUUAUGGCAUUCAGAGCGUCUGAGUGUCGUAGAAGGUGAGAGGUGUUGUGGUAAUUAAAAACAGGAGAGGUUUUAGAGGAAAAGAGGGUUUCAGUUAGUGGUAGAGACUUUACUUUGAUCUCUUUAUAAGAUCUCUAUGUCCUUCAGAGAAUUCCCUUGUUCUACAGUCAGUCUCUACUGAGUCUGUAUCACUGUGGAGGAGAGGAGAGAAAGAGGAGCAGGUAGUGUGUGUGUGUGUGUGUGUGUGUGUGUGUGUGUGUGUGUGUGUGUGUGUGUGUGUGUGUGUGUGUGUGUGUGUGUGUGUGUGUAUGUGUGUGAGUGAGUGCUUGUGUACGUGUGUGUGUGAGGCCGUGGUCAGGGCAGGGGUGUGUGUGAGUGGAGCAGGAGCCUGCUGGUAGCGGUCUGAUCUUCCUGUUGCGUUUUGCACAGUCCGUCUGCUGUUUUAGGACGGGCUCUCUGUGAUCACCUCAAGACGGGGUGGGGUCCGUCUCCACCUCACUCCAACUCAGCUCACAUACCCCACUCUCGACUCUGACCCAGAGCUGUACUAUACUAUAUAGAACAGAAUAGAACAUUAAAAACACAUAAACAUACAGUAAGGUGCCUUCCUACCUGAUUCCACUUUCUCACUCCUCUGCUCCUUCCCACCCGCCCGCUCUCUCUCUGGACGGUAACUGGCCCCUGCAUCCCCCGCCACAGUUGAGCAGAUUGUGUCUGUAUUCCACGCUGCUUCCAAACAAAAGGCAUGGGACCAUUUCUCCAAAGCUCAACGCAAGAACCUGGACGUGUGGCGCAAGCAAGCAGAGGUUGGUCCUUUACUUUUUCUACAAUUAUUUACGCAUUCUAUUCAUUUGGUGAAGUGCAGUAUAGUCUACAUAUUAUUGUGUCAUGUAUGUCAACAUUAUGUGAGCAUCCCCAUCUCUCCAAUAUUCCAGCCUCCAACUACUUUUUGUGAAAUUCAUGGUGUUGUCUUGGCAGGA